AUGAACGGAUGCAUCAAAUAUGGCGACCUCAACUAUGGGGCCACACACCAAUUCGCCACAAUUGGCACCAACAACGGCCAUGACGGAACGUCCGGUGCCCCGUUCCUCAACAAUCCCGGAGUGAUUGAGGAUUACGUCUACCGUGCUGUACACCUUGAAGCUCAGUUAGGCAAAGAGAUUGCUCAACAAUACUACGGCAAAGAGCACACUAAGUCAUACUAUCUGGGCUGCUCUACAGGUGGUAGACAGGGGUUCAAGGAGGCCCAGAGCUUUCCGGAAGACUACGACGGCAUUGUUGCCGGUGCUCCUGCUUUCGACCUGAUUGCACUUAUGUAUUGGACCGGCCAGUUGUUCCUCAAGACAGGGACCAAUGAGACUUCACGGUUUCUCUCUCCCGCGGAGUGGGAACUGGUAUAUGCCGAUAUCUUGAAGCAGUGCGAUGGAUUGGAUGGCCUUGAAGACGGCAUUAUUGAAGACCCGAGCUUGUGUCAAUACCGACCCGAAGGCCUCAUCUGCGCCGAGAACUCCACUGAUGGUUGUCUGAGCGGAGAGCAAGCAGCUACUGUGCGAGCCGUCUUCUCUCCAGUUUACGGGCUGGAUGGUCAGUACAUUUUCCCGCGGCUGCAACCAGGAUCCAACGCGACUGCACGACUUCUCAACGGCCAGCCCCAUCAAUAUCCCUUGGACUGGUGGCGAUACGUCGUAUACAACGAUAUGGAAUGGGAUCUCUCAACAAUGACCCCGGAGGAUUACGCUGUCGCAUCGAAACAAGACCCGUGGAAGGUGUCGACAUGGGAAGGUGACUUAUCCGCCGCCAAGGAUCGUGGAGUCAAAGUCCUGCAUUAUCACGGUAUGCAAGACAAUGCAAUCAGCAGUGACAAUUCUGAGAGGUACUACAAACACGUGUCACGAACCAUGAACCUCCCUUCAAAAGAAUUGGAUGAAUUCUAUCGGUAUUUCCGGAUCUCUGGUAUGGCGCACUGCCGCGACGGCACUGGAGCCAGCAUGAUUGGCGGUAACCCUGAGACUUUCGCCUCCUACGACCCAGAUGCAAAUGUAUUGGCGGCAAUUGUCCGCUGGGUUGAGGAGGGUGUCGCACCCAAUUUCAUUCUUGGUAGCCGCUUGACGGCCUCCGGGGAGAUAGAUCUGCAGAGGAAGCAUUGUAAAUAUCCCAGACGGAAUGUGUUCAAGGGACAGGGAGAUCCCACAAAGCCGGAUGGUUGGGAAUGCGUUUAG